GGCAGGGGCGUCGAGCCGUCUCACCUGCUCCUGGCUCUGGGACCUGCCAGCCCUCGGUGCCGGGCCUUCGACUGCGCGGAGGGUCGGGGGCGGGGUAGGCGUGUCCGCGGCGCGGGGAACGGAGGCGGGCGCCCACCGCGCGCCCAGCGGGUCCCUGCCCAGAAGCCCCGCGCUGCUUUAAGGGGGGAGCGCGGGGCCGUUUUUCAGAUUAUUUCGGUGAGUAGAUUCGUGAAGGGACCCUCUUAGGGAAUCCAGCAUUCAGUGCCUAGGGCGGAUGGUCUGGUCGUCACGACCAGUGUGGAGUAUAGAUUGUCACCCUUGAAAAUGACCGCAAAAGAAAGGUGUCGUUUUGCCAAGGAAAAAGAGGUCGGGAGAGUUUUCCAGGUUUAUUUGAAUUGGAGGGCCUGUUGAAACAGGACAAUAAUGCCAGCAGCAUACCUCCUCCAGGGCUUCUAAUACGGGGCCCAAAGAAACAGUCUUUUUGACGAUGUGGAGAAAUCUCAAGACAAUUUUAAGAUGAAGACACUGUUCGAAGAGAUCAAAGCAUCAAUUAAAAAUAACUAUAACCAAGAUCGCUCAUUUUGGAGGCCUGUUCUUCCUUGGGGAGGUGUUUUUACUAUCAAAGCUGGCCGCAAAGCAGUAUCCUGUACACCACUUUAUGUUGAAAUAAGACUGAAAAAUACCUGCACCAUAGAUGGGUUCUUGAUGUUAUUAUAUGUCAUUCUUAAUGAAAAUGACAAUUUCCCCAGGGAGCUCUCUCUUCAUUUAGGUAGAGAGUUUGUAGACUGUUUCCUUUACUUAAUGGACACCUACAGUUUCACAACUGUGAAGCUACUUUGGAUUUGGGACAAGAUGGAAAAACAGCAAUACAAAUCUGAAGUUCAUAAAGCUUCUUUAAUAAUUGAUUUAUUUGGGAAUGAGCAUGAUAAUUUUACAAAAAAUCUUGAAAAUCUCAUGUCUACCAUACAAGAGAGUUACUGUUCCAAUUGGCGAUGCCCAACUCGAAUACAGGAAGAUCAGCAACGCACAAUUAAUAUAAAUCCUCCCCAAGAAAUUCCGCAUGGAAACUUGAUACGACUGGCUGUGGAUGAGUUAUUCUGUUCCAGGAUUGAACUGUGUGAACAGAGUGGGUGUGGUGGCUUAAGAGAAUUUUCCCAGCGAGUUUUCUGCCAUGGGGCACCCCCUUUUGUUGUCUUAAAUAUGCAGCACUGGAAAUCUGAAGAUCUGGCAUAUGUACCAUAUUACUUGGAUUUAUCUGAUCACAAAUAUUUGUUAGAAGGUGCCACAUUAUUUAACAAAGAGGAACAUCAUUAUUCUGCAGCUUUCCAGAUUGAUGGACAUUGGAUGCACUAUGACGGCCUCAGAAAUGUGAAUUUAAUUUUGUUAAAUAAACCCCCAGAGUUUCUCCUCUUGUCAUCAUUGGUUUAUAUUCGAGCAACAGAGAAAUAAAUACAGACUGAUGCUAAAUUAAA